CGAGUCAGUAAACAAACGUCGCUGUAACUGGAAAGUGAGCUUGGAGGCAUGGAGCUACCAACGAUGAUCAUCGGAUUGGGUGUAAUCCUGCUGCUGCUACAGCUCAGUGGAUCAGUGAGAUCUCAAGACUGUGCCAGGUUACUGGAGAACGACAUGGACCUGGAGGAGGCGGCGUGUGAGAAUUUCUACCAGCAUGCCUGUGGCAAUUGGUAUGCCAGCACUAUGCAAAGGAAUCUGGGAGCCCACGAUAUGCGGACCAAGUGGGUGGCCUCACUAAAGCUCCAUCUAAUCCAUCACCUCGAGACGAGCUCAGCGCAGCACGAAUCCGCCGGACAAUUGGCCACAUUUUAUAAUAGCUGCCUGUCGAGUGGCCAGUCUGUGAGAGCCUAUACAGAUGCCAUGGCCCGCAGUGGUGCCAACUUUCCGCUGCUGGCCAAUAAGGAUAAUGGUAGUGGUAGUCCCUUCGAUUGGGUUCUGGCCAAUGCCGCCCUGCGAACCUACGGGGCUCAGGGUCUGUGGAGGCUCUUGGUCCAGGACAAUUGGCAAUCGGCGGAUCAGAGAAUCUUCUACAUCCUACCACCCACAUUUGAUCUGCUGGGCAAUGAUGGCAAUGAGAUGAAUGAGUUUUUCUAUGAGCGGUAUCUAAAGGGUUUGCUCUUGGAAUUGGGUGUACGAGUGCGUAAGGCUGCCCUUUUGGCCAAGCAAAUCGUUGGAUUCGAGAAGAGUCUGCAAAUACUGCGGCCCAAUGAUGUGGAGCAGACAUUGGUGUUGAGGAAGCCACAAAGUCUAAGGGAUUUGGAGCAGCAGCUGCCGGGAUUGGAGCUGAAGAGGUACUUUGAGACCAUACUCCAGGGACUCGAUUGGGAUCCAUCCAGCCUGUUGCUAGUAGCUGACUUGGAUUAUCUGCAUGGCUUAAGGAGAUUACUGGCCAGGGAUACGACGGAUCCAAUGAUUCUAUCCACUUGGUUACUCCUCCAGUUGCCAGCCCACUUCGAAUUGCGAUUGCAUGACGAUGAAAAGUUGAGCAGCCAGCGGGAUCAUUGCCUGGAGCAGUUGAGGAAACUAAUGCCAGGCCAACUGGGACGCCUGCAGAUGCAAUUGGUUUUGGGCGAGAACUAUCAGGAUGUCUACGAUACGUCCAUCCAACAGAUAGCUGUACUCUUUAGGGAUCUCAAACACCAAUUCGAGGUGGUUCUGAAUGAGACGGAGGUCUUUGAGGAUAAUGUCGAGACGAGAAAUUUGGCUCGGGAUAAGUUGCGGGCAAUGCGUUUGCUAACGCCACGUCUCCAGGAGCCGGGAACGAAUCCUGCAGGAGGACAACCGCCCACUUUGGGUGGUAAUUGUGAUGAGAAUCUAAUGCAGCUGUCCCUCAAUCAGGCCAAAUUGGAAUUUCGACAGGUGUUCGGAGAACCAGUGACGUCUGUGCCAGCGGAUCCACUAUCCGUGAAUGCCUACUAUCGCCUCAAGUUGAAUCGGAUUGAAUUGCCGUUGGGUCUGAUGGCCACGCCCCUUGUCGUCCAACAACAGUGCUCGAAGGUGGACGAAACGAUGGCCAAAUUGGCCGCCGGUUUGGGUUAUAUCCUGGCCCACGAAAUGGUCCAUGCCUUCGACUAUGAUGGCAUUAAUUACGAUGCCAAUGGCCAGCUGGCCAAUGGACAAUGGCCAGCCAGGGCCAUUAUACGUUUUGGCCUGCGUGCCGGUUGUUAUCUGAGUGGACGGUACAGUAAUGCCACGCUAACUAUCAACGAGAAUAUAGCCGAUAGCGAAGGUCUACGUUUGGCUCUCGACACGUAUCGUCGACGGAAUGUUACCAAUCACAGUCUGCGGACAUUCUUUGUGACCUUUGCCCAGAAUUGGUGUGGAACGGCAGCGGCGUCUGCUUUGGGCCAACAUGCCGGACACGGCGAAAGGGUUAACAAUGUUCUUGGCAAUCUGCCGGAAUUUGGAGAGACCUUCCAGUGCACGACCACCAGUCGGAUGAAUCCCGUCGACAAGUGUAGGAUUUGGUGAUGGGUUCCCACCCAAGGCCCAUCUAACUAUUUGUAUGUUUGUGUUGUGAAAACUAUUUGAGUUGGUAAUAAAUUAGACAAAUUAGCGCGGAAA